UGCUUCUAGGAAAAUCUACAUGAACACCUGAUGGAUAAUUAUAAUCAAACAUAUACAGGCUUUAUCUUAUUGGGGCUGUUCCCAUCAUCAAGAACUGGCCUGUUCCUCUUCAUUCUUGUUAUUCUCAUCUUCCUGACAGCUUGGAUUGCCAACCUGUCCAUGAUCCUCCUCAUCCUCCUGGAUACCCAGCUUCACACUCCCAUGUAUUUUUUACUCAGUCAGCUUUCGCUCAUUGAUUUAAAUUACAUCUCCACCAUUGUCCCCAAAAUGGCUUCUGAUUUCAUGUUGGGUAGUAAGUACAUCUCCUUCAUUGGGUGUGGGCUUCAGAUCUUCCUCUUCUUGACCUUUGGAGGAGCAGAAACACUGUUGCUGGCUUCUAUGGCCUAUGAUCGUUAUGUGGCUAUUUGUUUUCCUCUCCACUAUCCCAUACGUAUGAACAAAAGAGUCUGUGUGCUGAUGAUAAUAGGAUCUUGGAUGCUGGGCUCCAUUAACUCCUGUGCUCACACUGGAUAUGCACUCCAUAUCCCUUAUUGCCAAUCCAGAGCCAUCAACCAUUUCUUCUGUGACGUGCCUGCCAUGUUGACUCUGGCCUGCAUGGACACCUGGUUCUAUGAGUACACAGUCUUUGUGAGCACCGUCCUCUUUCUUGUGUUUCCAUUCACUGCUAUAGUGUGCUCCUACGGUCGGGUUUUUCUUGCUGUCUACCGUAUGCAUUCUGGGGCAGGGAAGAAGAAGGCCUGUUCUACCUGUAGCACUCACCUCACUGUGGUGACCUUCUACUAUGUACCCUUUGCUUACACCUAUUUACGCCCAAGAUCCCUCCGAUCCCCAGCAGAGGACAAGAUUUUGGCUGUCUUCUACACAAUCCUUACCCCAAUGCUCAACCCCAUCAUCUAUAGCCUGAGAAACAAGGAGGUGAUGGGGGCGCUGAGAAGGGCGACUCACAGAGUGUGCUUUAUGAAACUGUAG